GGUGGAAGUCGCCCUGUGGGGAGAGCGUUAGGACCUCGCCGUCCGGGCUCCGACUUGUGAUAAGUGAUUGGAUUAAGAGCUUCAUUUCCUGGUGUCCCAGAGUGAUUUCUCGCAGUUCGUUCCGUUUUGUCUUAGGGGAAAAGGAAGCAGAAGUUUCAGUUUUAUUUUGUUUUCUGGCUUGAACUUGGAGAUUUGGGUUGAGCAUUGGACGCUAACCGGUUGGGAAAAUCCUGAAAGGCUCUGUCAGUUUCAAAAUGUAACCUGUUUUAAUGACAAAGCGUGUCUUGGCACGGUUGUCACGGUUCUAUGAUGUUUUGACAUUUAUUUGUUUCUUAAAAAAAAAUACCCCAUUGACUUAACGGAAGAGUCAUCAGUCAAAUCACAUUUCAAGCCAGGAGGACCAAAAAGCUUUGGGAAAGUUUCGAACCUGAUUAACUUAACAUGGCUGAUCAGAGGCAGCGCUCACUCUCUACCUCCGGGGAAUCACUAUACCAUGUUCUUGGCCUAGACAAGAAUGCAACCUCAGAUGACAUUAAAAAAUCCUAUCGGAAACUUGCCCUGAAAUAUCACCCUGACAAGAACCCUGAUAACCCAGAGGCUGCAGACAAGUUUAAGGAGAUCAACAACGCCCAUGCCAUCCUGACUGACGCCACGAAAAGAAACAUCUACGACAAGUACGGCUCGCUGGGGCUCUACGUAGCUGAGCAGUUCGGGGAAGAGAAUGUCAACACCUACUUCGUGCUCUCCAGCUGGUGGGCCAAGGCCCUGUUUGUCUUCUGUGGCCUCCUCACCUGCUGCUACUGCUGCUGCUGUCUGUGCUGCUGCUUCAACUGCUGCUGUGGGAAGUGCAAGCCCAAGGCGCCUGAAGGUGAGGAGACCGAGUUCUACGUGUCUCCCGAGGACCUGGAGGCGCAGCUGCAGUCUGACGAGAGGGAGGCCACAGACACACCCAUUGUCAUACAGCCAGCGUCCGCCACAGAGACCACCCAGCUCACAGCCGACUCCCACCCCAGCUACCACACUGAUGGGUUCAACUAAGGUCAGGAAAGGCUGUGAUUAGAGGAUGAAUCAGUACCGGCCACUGCAACCCAGAAUCAUGAACUGUAGUCACCGAGAUGGGGGGCCGUCACCGUCCUGCCAUGGCUGUGUCUGGCUCCUCCCACCUCCUCUACGCCCGCCCAUCCAUCCACCCUUGAUACAUGAAGUGCGUAGCAUGCAGUAUUUAAAGCAGUGUAGCUACGGU